GUCCCUGUUUCUUUGUCUAGGAACCUGUCUAGAGUGUGAACAUUGUUCUGGCUUUGAUAAGGACUGUACUGGCAAAUUAAAGCUGUGCGAUGAAGGCCAAGAUACCUGUGCUACCAUACUAACGGAAACCAUAAUCGGAAAAAUGAGCAGGUUUACCAUUGUAAAAUCCUGCUAUCAGGCCUCCAAAUGUCUAAGGAGCAGCAAAAGAAAUUCCUUUGUGAAAGUUAAUGUGAACAUUGAAUGUAGUUCUUCACCAGUCGGAAAGUUGGAAAGCAAAGGAGGCAAAGCACCGGUCCUUUGGAGCAAUGAAUUGCCCAACAAUCAACUCCUAGCAGAAGUCUUCAAUCAACCCAAAUCCAGGGCUGCUGUAGUCUUCAAUCCUAAUCCCAGUGACAUCAAAUUCAAGGCGGCAGAAGUCAGAGUUGCCGAUCCUUCUGGCAAACCACCCAAUACUUCUGGCAAACCACCCAAUACUUCCGGCAAACCGACCGAGACUCCUGCUAAAACCACCAAGUCUACCACUAAAAAACCCAAUCCUACCGUAUUGGUUACAGCCACAACAGGUGACAAUGCCCAUCAAACCGUUGCAUCCUUUCUCCUGGCUCUCUCUUCCCUUCUGCUAAUGAACAUCUUCCUCUAA